CUUCACUCACAGAAACGUCACGCCUCUCCUCCUCCUCUCUUCUCUCUUCUCUCCCCUCUCCCUCACUGCUGAGCCACGAAACCACCAACCAGCAGCCCAGCCGCGGCGGCCACCGGUCUCCCACAACACCACCGGUCUUCCCUCUCUCCUCUCUGUGACGCAGCUGCUUCUUCCCCUUUAAACAACCACGACAGCAGCAACCUAGGGUAUUGCAUUUGCUGCGCGUGCCGCCAGCCACGGUGGCCAGUUUGGGGUCCUCUCUCCAACCGGUUCGGUCCCGUGCCACCACUAGCACAACCUUAACUUACCUCUUUCCCCUUUUUGCUAGUUUUAACAUUGUGCCCAUUUCGUAAGAGGAAAGUAGAGCUUUAGUUGGGUGAUUUUGUGACUUUUGAUCGUGCAGUGACGCUUACAGGUUCGUAUACGCAGUAACUAACCCUUAUAUGCAAUUUGCUUUAAGACAUUAUUGUUUAUUGUGAUAAUAUACAUUGCAUUAAAACUAUGAAAUACUAUUGACUACACUUUACAUGAAGAGCUAUCGACUAUGAAAUCGUUGCGCUUAGAAUAGUUUAGAGAGUGAGAAUUAAUAGAGGGCGAAAACUACCCCUUAUCUAUUUAAGAAUUAGAUUAUGCUUUAAUUGGAGUUAGAAUGACUCCUUUAAAGGUGAAUUUCAUAUUUUUGUUGAGUGGCUUAGUGGGUUUUGGCGUGCUGCUAUUCCAAGGCGCUCAUUAAUAGUCAAAAGUGGAAGUUAUUCCCAUCUGAUAAAGUACUAGAUUAUGAUUAGCUGGCGUGACUCAACUGAAUUAUGUCCGGUUGAUUUAGUAGUCCCCUAGGUGAGGUUCGACGGGACCACUGUAAAGGGGUAUGAGCAUGCUUGGGUCAUUGGGCGCCGGGAGGCCGAUAACGCCCCUUGACCGAGGUGUUACCAUGCGGGCCUUGCAAACCCCAAUAUGGUGGCCUCUUCACUGGUUUAGUACCCCAGUGUGUUAGUUUUUCCCGAAGGUAGGAUUCGAGAGGGCCAGCUGGAGAGGGCAUGAGCUCAUACUUUGCCAUGGGCGCCGGGAGGCCGAUAACGCCCUUGGCCGUGUCACUAUGCCAGGAAGUAGAGAAAAGAUCCACUGAUAUAAAGUUAUUCAGUGAUAGAAAGUUUAUUCAUGGGUCGAAAGUUAUGUAAUGAUAGAAGGUUCAUUCUUUGAUAGAAAGCUUACACAUUGAUAGAACGUUUACUCUUGAUAGAAUAUUUACUCAUCGAUAGAACAUCUACUUAUUGAUAGAAUAGCUUAUACUAGUGAGGAGUGUGCCUAAGUUAAGUUAUCUCAAGGGUAUUACAGACCAUGAUCACACUUACCUUAAGAUAGACAAGCUCUAUAAGGUCAUGUGUUAGGUAUUCUAUUAAUGCCUUGGUCGAGUUGAACUAUACGUGGUUUGCAAGAGUUUAUGUUUGAAAAGAGGAGCGUGAAGACCUGCAUUCUACCCAAGAACAUAUGGUUCGGGUUGGAAAGCACGUAAUGAAAUUAAGAAGUAUAAGUGGCCGAUAAACGGUUACAAAUCUGUGCUUGCGUCUUAUGAAAUCAUCUUAUGUUGUUUUAUAAUAUAAUGUUAUCUAGUAGUUGGCCUUAUUAUAUUUGAUGCUAGUUACUGACGUGUACGUGUUUGUGUUUAUGUUUGAUUGUUGAUGACUUUCUAUGAUUGUCUUGCUAUGACACAUUGGCCUUUGGUCUAAUGUCGAGUAGCAGGAGGAUCAUGGACAGGCGUAGCAAGUAUUGGAGCUUCAAUUGCAUUGCAUUGCAUUGAGGGAGAGUGGUGAGGACGAAGCAUAACCUGUGUCAUGCCGCUAUCUUUCGAUUUUGUAGCUCUAUUUAUCUUUUGUAAACUUUGGUUGUAUAUGUUUUGUUAUGAGGCCUGGUGUCCUCCCUCGUAUAUUUGUAUUUCCGCUGAGUAGUUUAUAACUCUGUAUGGCUUAAGGAGUUAAGUCUCUUUUAAAACGCAAACGUCGACACUGGAACCACGAUCCAUGUUUGGCAUGUUGAUUUGAGAAGCCGACAACGUAUCAUUCCGCCGUGACAUAGUUUUGAUAGGCCGUUGGUGCCUUUACUUUAUUAGCUUCUAAAUAACUUUUGUUUUUCUACAAAGGCGCACAGUUUUAAGGCAGAUGUUGCCGAAAUUUCCACUCACCUUUUUAAAGUUAAUAUCUAACGUUUAUCUAAAUUCUCUUCCUUUUUCUUUUAUGUAACACCCGAAUUUCCUCCCGUCCUUUAUGGUUUUGGUUUCGUUAAGGGGUCGGAAAUUCUGGGGUGUUACAGGUGGUUACCAGAGCCAGCGGUCCCUAUUUUCGACGCUUUGUGUCCUCAAAUUCGUUGAGAUAUUGCUUGAUGUUAGAAGUUAUUCGUAAGAGUUUGGGUAGAUAUGGGAUAGGUGCAUAUAUUACAUAUUCAUGCAUAAUGAUUAUCAUUGCACGUGCAUAGAUAAAUAUAUAGUUUGUAUAGCUUGUUAUGAGACUCAUUCUCAUGUGUGUUAUUAUUAUAAAUAAAAAUUAUGAUGGUGGUUUGAAUGAUGACAUGAUUUAACAAAUCAGUAGAAUUGAAUUAUGCAUUAUCAAGAAAUAAUGAAAUUUUUGAGUAUUUGGUUCAACUCUAGUUGUAUUAUAAGUAGUCAUUAUGGAGAUAUGAAGUAUGAAUCAUGAAAUUCUAGAGAAGUUGGUUGCAUCGGGAACUUUCUCUUGCUUGUGCUGAUUAUAUGAAAUUUAGUCUUAUGUGUCUGAAUAUUUGUUCAUGUUAAUCGUUUUCAUAAAGCUUACGAGUUUUGAUAUUAAUCCUAUACAUGAACCCACUGUUUAUUUAUCUGCUUGAGCAUUCCCUUCGCAAGUGCAUUCGUUCAUCAUAACAUAGAAGCAUAAUCUGUGUCAUGUCGCUAUCUUUCGAUUUUGUAGCUCUAGUUAUCUUUUGUAAACUUUGGUUGUAUAUGUUUUGUUAUGAGGCCUGGUGUCCUCCCUCGUAUAUUUGUAUUUCCGCUGCGUGGUUUGUAACUCUGUAUGGUUUUAAGGAGUUAAGUCUCUUUUAAAACGCAGACGUCGACACUGGAACCACGAUCCAUGUUUGGCAUGUUGAUUUGAGAAGCCGGCAACGAAUCAUUCCGCCGUGACAUAGUUUUGAUAGGCCGUUGGUGCCUUUAUUAGCUUCUAAAUAACUUUUGUUUUUCUACAAAGGCGCACAGUUUUAAGGAAGUUGGGUUGGGUUGAAUUGAAUUGAUUUCUGGUGAUUGGUGAUCAGCUGCUUGUAUAGACUGAGGGCGUAUCAAUAGACCCCAGAUAUGGCUCUUUUAAAUGUCAACCCAAUACAUCAUUUGGAUUGUUGCUUUAUCAAGAACAAUCAAAAGAAUCCAUUCAAACAUCUCUUGCUUCCAAUGCAAAAUCGAGGACUUGCGUGGAAGUUAUUGGUCGUAGAAGCAAAAUUUAGGAAAAGGGGAAAUUCGCGGACUGAAAAUGCCAAAAUCCGAAACAGAAGACUGCGUAAAAAGUAUAAUGGUACACCAACCAAACCCAGACUAUCAGUAUUCUGCUCAGACAGACAGUUGUAUGCAAUGCUUGUUGAUGACAUGAACAAAAAGUGUUUAUUUUAUGGAAGUACAUUGCAGAAAUCUGUUCGAAGUGAUCCUGAAAUGAACACAGCGGAGGCAGCACAAGUAGUGGGUGAAGAACUGGUUAAGGCAGCAAUGGACCUGAGCAUUCAUGAAAUAUCAUCGUAUGAUCGCAAUGGUUGUGUUGGGGGCGAAAGAGUGAAAGCAUUCGAAAUUGCCCUCUCUCACCAUGGUUUCUUGCCCAGAUAGACAGUAUUUGUAGGUACACAAGCAACUCCCUAUAACACUUGUCACAUGAUUCACUAAUCUCAUGCGAAUCGCGAAUUAAAAAAGAUUUAUGGUCGUUUUUGGGCUAUUUUAGUGUCAUUUUGAGCAAAUCGCGAAUUCGAAAAGCAAAUUACCGGCGAAUUAUGUUACAAUGCCAUGUAAAUUACUUCAAAACCCUGGUUAUAAUGAAUUUUGAACAUUCCUUUCAAAAAAUCAUUCUUAUGAUCGCUCAAUUUUUCCUAAACUUUAGUACUAUAUGAUAUGAAUACAUUAAUCUAAACUUUUUCAUAAACAUUUACAUAUGUAUAUGCUCACUUUUAAAAUGGGAUAAUGGUCAUACUGCCAGAAGUUAAACAUUUUUAUUGGGUUAUUAACUUAUCAUGCAUUUUAUGUAGUACAAAUACCAAUAAUCAUUUUAGAAACUGUCACUCUAAAAAAUACUCUAUAUAAUAAAAUUAACCGAAUCAAGAGAACAUUUAUAACCGUUUUGUACUUUUUAAAAAUGAAAAAGAAAAAUGGCAAUUAUAACUUUUUUAUAUUUUGAUAACUGUUAUAACUGUUUUGAUUAGGGUAAUUUUAUAUUUCUUUCCUUGACAUUAUUUUAAACCCAGUUGCAUGAUCACCUUGUCAUCCUCUCAACUUAUAAUUCAAAAAAAAAAAAAAAACUUAGCUAGACUAUAGUGAUGAAUCUCUUUAUUCAGCUAUUAAUAUUAUGUACUUACUUUAAUUGUGUUAUUUACUUUUCUAAUAUCUAUUUUAAUAGUUCGCCUUUAGAUCAGUUUAUAUUGUGAUUUACAUAUAGCUUUUUCACAUAUAGUUUUAGUGUCACACGCCUCUUACCAAGAAUCUCUUUAUUUUAGGAUUUAAUUUUUAAGCGUAUUUUUUAUAGUCUUUUUAAAAAGUUAUGAGUAUAAUUUAUUUGUUAUCUUUUCAUCCAACCAUAACUUUGUAUUUUUCUAUUUUAUUAUAAUUGCUAUUAAUAGUAAUAUUUUUUCAUUAUCCUUGUUACGA